AUGGCUCAAGCAUUUAUUAUUUUAAUUACAAUCAGCGCGAUUGUGGUUCAAGGAGCGGUGUUAAAAACCGAAGACGCCGUUUUGAGAAGAUUAGCACGAUCUCCCUGCGGGGAGUGUGAUUUGAAAAAUGGCCCACCACCGCCGCCGCUGCCACCACCACCUCCGCCACCACCGAUGCCACCAGGUAUCCCACCGUUUCCGAUGUUUCAUACGCAACAAUGGAGUGGACUGACCCGUGGCGAUGACGGAUCAGAACAGGGUCUGUUCAGCGGGGCUGCCGCUGGAAUAGAUGGAGGCUUACAGAGUGGGAGUCAGGCAUUUUCUUUGGCGUCCACAGCCGCUGGUUCUGGAAUUUCUGACAGUUCCAAUGGAGGAUCGGCCGCAACCCAACAAUCAUCUAAUUCCUUCGGUGGCAAAAAUUCUGAUAGUUUUGGUCAAUCGUCAGGUGGAGCUGGAGGCCUCGGUGGUUUCGCUGGUGGGAAAUUCGACGGAGGCAAGAGCAGUUACAAAGAAUCUCAUUUCUCAUAUCAAUCUGGCGGAGGGAAAGAUUUCGGAUCGGGUCACCACCACAGUAAUUUUGGUACUAAUGCGGGUGGCAGCAAUGGCUUCGGGGCGGGAUCUUCAUCGCAGAGCUCUUCGUUCGCGUCCAGUGGCACCAACAGAGGCAGUGGUGUGGGUUCAGGGGGACAGUUCCAAAAUGGAAACUCAGGAUUUGGGGGUCCAAGCGGUUCUGGAGCCACUGGGACUGGUCAAAGUGGCUCUGGGUUUGGUUACAGUGGUCACGUCGAAAGUGGAGGUUCUGGAUUCAGCCAAAGUGCUCAGUACGGACAAGCAACUUCGGGCUCAGGAGCAGAUACGGGGUAUUCUGGAAAUCAGCUGUUGCAAUCACAAAACGGUUUUGAAGCCGCUGGGAGCGGUCACAGUGGCACUGGAUUCGUAUCCAGCGGUCAUUUCGAAAGUGGAGACAAACACGGGCAGUACCAACAAACAAGUUCUGGGUCAGCAGCAGGUACAGGGUAUUCUGGAAAUCUACAAUCACAAUCGCACAGUGGUUUCGAAGGUGCUGGGAGAGGUCACAGUGGCCCUGGCUUCGGGUCCAACGGUAGUGGAGGCGCUGGGUUCGGAGGCCUAAACGCCCAAAGCGGGCAGACUGCGGGGUCGGAAUACAGCGGACAAAGUAAAAGCAAUGGAUUUCCUGGCGAGCAACAAGAAUUGCAGCAAGUAUCGCAAAGCGGUUUCGGAACCGGAACGGGCGGGGCGCAUGGAUUUUCUUCCGGAUCAGACUCAUCCAGUUCCAGCCAGUCAUCGACGGGCUAUGGUUCCGGCCAGGGAUACGGUGAAUUGCAGACCGGGAUAGGUGGUGCUUUCAACCUGGCUUCCCAGGGCUUGAAGCAGGCCGAACAACAGCAGAGUGGGUGUAGCACUUGCGGAAAAAGUAGCUAUGCUCUUAGCAAUGCAAAGAGUCAUACUGGUUCCGCCAUCGCUCUUUCAGUUGCGGGC